CCAAUACUCUCUCUUAUCAAACAUUUCCAUAUCCAAAAAAAACAACAGUGUCUUUUCAAUGGAUAACACUCAGAAUAUUGCAAACUUGAAGAAACAAUUAGGUGAUGAAGUUGUUGUAGUUAUGGUUCCAUUUCAAACUCAAAGUCAUCUUGACCCUUUUCUCCAAUUUGCUUGCCUAAUCUCUUCUUAUGGUCUCUCUGUUCAUUAUCUUAGCCUACCUACUUACAAUCACGACACUAAGACUCGUGCCACCGCAUUAAAUCCUUCUGAUUUAGCCAAUAUUCAUUUUCAUGACCUCCAAAUGACUCCUACUCCACUCGACCCUGAUAUCCCCAGUGAAGUACCUAAACAUUUCCACUUAUUCUGGAAUGUUACCAUGCAUCUCCGCCAGUCCAUUACUUCCUUUUUACGUGAUAUUUCGUCUAAAUCAAGACGAAUUGUCAUGAUUUAUGAUUGUUUAAUGUCUUAUAAUGUUCAGGAUAUUUCAUCUUUCGAUAAUGCAGAGUCCUACAUCUUUAACCCUGUGAUUUCAGCCUUUGGUAUGUAUUGUGAUCACAUAUUUCCUCAUGUGGGAUUGCCUAUUCCGAUUGAACAACAACUACUUCAAAAGUUACCAUCCUCUCAAGGAUGGUAUUGCGAAGAAAUCAUGCGGAUAUCAUCUUUUCAAGUUCAGUAUAUAGGGAAUAGUUCUGCGGGCGAUAUUCAUAAUACAAGCAAAGUAAUGGAAGGUACUAAUGCUUUUAUUGACUUGCUUGGAAUUGGACAAGACAAGAAGCAAUGGGCAAUAGGACCGGUUCUUCGGCCUACUAAGAAAGAAAAAAACGGAUUCCCCUGUUUGGAUUGGUUGGACAAACAACCUCCAAAAUCAGUUCUUUACGUAUCUUAUGAUAUGUUGACUUCAUUUUCUGAUGAACAAAUUAAGGAGCUCGCAAUGGGUUUAGAGCUUAGCAAACAAAAGUUCAUAUGGUUGAUGAAUGAUCCUGAUAAUGGAGAUAUCUAUCUCGACCUCAAUAGAAAAUUUGAGUUUCAUGCAGGGUUUGAGGAAAGAGUAAACGAGGUUGGAUUACUGGUUAGAGAUUGGGCACCACAAACAGAGAUCUUGGCUCAUUCAUCCAUUGGUGGGUUCUUGUGUGCGUGUGAUUGGGCUUCUUGUGUAGAGACCAUUACUAUGGGAGUCCCAAUAAUUGCUUGGCCCACACAUUCUGACCACCCAAAAAAUGGUUUUUUAUUAACAGAAAUGUUGAAAAUAGGCCUAGUCAUUAGGGAAUGGGACAAGAAACGCGAUGAGGUGGUCACUGCAUCCACCAUUGAUAAUGUCGUGAGGAAGUUAAUGGCAUCAGAAGAAGGAGAUGAGAUUAGGAAAAGAGCAAAAGAAUUCGGAGAAGCCGUGAGGAAGUCUACAGAGAAAGGGGGUGCUUCUCAAAUGGAGUUAGAUUAUUUUAUCGCGCAUAUCACUAGAUAGAUUAUUCUAUGUGCUUUCUCUAUAUUUUCUUUCAAGCCUGAUGAUCAAUUCUCUGUUGUACUGCUAUUUUGAGUGUACUUGUGGAAUAAGUAUUAGACAUUGUAUGAAUAAUUUUGCUGUUUCAUGUAAACAUUUCAUCGAUAUGCUGAUAUUAUCUUGUUAAUG